UUGCAGGUGGGGAGGAAGCCUACUGGGGACCAUGGAGACCCAGAGGGACAGCCCUUCCUUGGGGCGGUGGUCACUGUUGCUACUGCUGUUGGGCCUGGUUAUCACUCCGGCCACCCCCCAGACCCUUAGCUACGAGGAAGCUGUGCUCCGUGCUGUGGAUGGCUUCAACCAGCGGUCCUCAGAGAAGAAUCUCUACCGUCUCCUUCAGCAGGACUCACAGCCCGAGGGAGACGGGGAUCCAAACACCCCGAAGCCUGUGAGUUUCAAAGUGAAGGAGACUGUGUGCCCCAAGACGACACAGAGGCCACUGGAGCAGUGUGAUUUCAAGGACGAUGGGCUGGUGAAGCAGUGUGAAGGGACAGUCAUCCUGGACCAGAACAGGGGCUACUUUGACAUCAACUGUGAUGCGAUUCUACAAGUCAGGAAAUUGGGCCAGCUGGGUGAGCUCAUCCAACAAGGUGGGCAGAAGAUUGGUGAGAAGAUUCAGAAAAUUGGCGAGAGAAUCCGUGACUUUUUUAGCAAUCUUCGCCCCAGGCAAGAGGCCUAAGGGUCUGCUUUUCCCUGGCUCAGGCUUCUGGACCCUGCAAAAUAAAUUUUUGUGAAAGCAA